AAGUCAGUUGUUUUUGCCUCUUCCUCAACUCCACGGCGCAGAUCCGAGGAGUUUGGGAAAACCCUAAAUUUCUCUCUCCAAAACUAAAAGCCUCCACAAUAGCCUUCUCUUUUCUCUCUACACCCACAAUCACUCUCUCUUUUUCUCAGCUCCAGUCCUCUUCCUCUGCUAUCAGUCAUGGCGGGUUUGGCACCUGAAGGUUCUCAAUUUGAUGCUCGCCAGUUUGAUCAAAGGAUGAAUGAAUUACUCUCAACUGAUGGUGAUGAUUUUUUCACGAGCUAUGAUGAAGUUCAUGAGAGUUUUGAUGCUAUGGGACUGCAGGAGAACCUUCUUAGGGGUAUCUAUGCAUAUGGUUUUGAGAAGCCUUCUGCUAUUCAGCAAAGGGGAAUUGUUCCUUUCUGCAAAGGUCUUGAUGUAAUUCAGCAAGCUCAAUCUGGAACUGGGAAAACAGCAACUUUCUGCUCUGGCAUUUUACAACAACUUGAUUAUGGUCUUGUCCAGUGCCAGGCCCUGGUUUUGGCACCCACUAGGGAACUGGCACAACAGAUUGAGAAGGUGAUGCGAGCACUUGGUGAUUAUCUUAGUGUCAAGGUCCAUGCUUGUGUUGGUGGUACCAGUGUUCGUGAGGAUCAGCGCAUACUUCAGAGUGGUGUCCAUGUUGUUGUGGGCACUCCUGGUCGUGUCUUUGACAUGUUAAGGAGGCAGUCCCUUCGUCCAGAUUAUAUUAAGAUGUUUGUUUUGGAUGAGGCUGAUGAAAUGCUCUCUCGUGGUUUUAAGGAUCAGAUCUAUGAUAUUUUCCAGCUUCUUCCUUCGAAGAUUCAGGUUGGAGUGUUCUCUGCCACCAUGCCUCCUGAAGCGCUUGAGAUCACUAGGAAGUUCAUGAAUAAGCCUGUAAGAAUCUUGGUAAAGCGUGAUGAGUUGACUCUGGAGGGUAUCAAGCAGUUUUAUGUGAACGUUGAGAAGGAAGAAUGGAAGCUUGAGACACUCUGUGAUCUCUAUGAGACCUUAGCUAUUACUCAGAGUGUUAUCUUUGUGAACACACGGCGCAAGGUUGACUGGCUGACUGACAAGAUGAGGAGUCGUGAUCACACAGUUUCUGCCACUCAUGGAGACAUGGACCAGAACACUCGUGACAUCAUCAUGCGGGAAUUCCGUUCUGGCUCCUCUCGAGUUCUGAUCACCACUGAUCUCCUGGCUCGUGGUAUUGAUGUGCAGCAAGUCUCCCUUGUCAUAAACUAUGAUCUGCCAACUCAACCAGAAAACUACCUUCACCGUAUUGGACGUAGUGGACGAUUUGGAAGAAAAGGUGUUGCCAUAAACUUUGUGACAAAGGAUGAUGAGAGAAUGCUGUUCGAUAUCCAAAAAUUCUACAACGUGGUCGUUGAAGAGCUGCCAUCAAACGUUGCUGAUCUCCUUUGAUGAGAUUACUUUUUGUUUUAUGAGGUUGGUUAAGGCAAAGGAGUUUUCGCAUUUAGCCAGCACUGUUCUACAUUUUUCGUUUGUUAUUUUCUUUUUCUUUUUCACCUAGCUGUCUUUUUAAGUUAAAAUGUUGUUGUUAAAACUUGUCUGACCAUUUACUGAUGGGUUUCUGCACUUUGCAACAUAAAGACUGUUAAGUGUCCCCAUCCCCUUGUUGAUGGUGGGUUUAUGUUAUUGCAGGUUUUGAUGCUGCUUUAGAUUUCUGCUU